AUGGCGGAUGAUGCAGAGAAAGAGCAUGGACUUGUGGCUGUUGAUACAUCGGCUUCUGAACGCUUGCCGUUUUCGAAAGCUCGGUGUGUGGCGCUUGUUACCACGAUUGCUGCGGCGCCGUUUUUGAGCACGAUGGCGGUUCAAGCAUCCGUUAUCAUCCUACCUACCAUCGGGGAGGAAUUGGAUAUUCCAGUUAGUCGUCAGCAGUGGAUUAUCUCUGCGUACAACUUGACGUUUGGUUGCUUCCUGCUACUAUGGGGCCGUCUAGCAGACGUCUACGGCCGACGAAUGAUCUUCCUCUGGGGCUCCGCAGCCUUCACACUCACAUCAAUAAUAACGCCCUUCAUCCCCAAUGAAAUCGGCUUCGACAUCUUCCGCGGUCUCCAGGGUCUCGCCGCCGCCGCAAUGGCACCAACCGCUCUCGGCAUCCUCGCUUCUACCUUCCCACCUGGAAAGACCAAAGACAUCGCUUUUGGAUGUUUUGGUGCCGGAGCCCCACUUGGAGGCGUGUUUGGCAAUAUCUUUGGUGGUGUCGUGGGCGAGUAUCUCGAUUGGCAGUGGGUGUUCUGGUUGUUUGGGAUCAUCGCGGGGAUCUCUACGGUUGCGAGCUACUUCGUUAUCCCGAUUCCGCCGUUGGGGCCAGAACCCGUGUUGCGCAACACGGUGGAUUGGAUCGGCGGAUCGCUCAUAACCAUCGGUCUCGUUAUCCUCGUUUUUGCGCUUUCCGAAGGCAACGUCGUGGGCUGGAGUACGCCAUGGGUACCAGUCCUCAUCGUACUCUCACUGAUCAUCAUCGGCGCAUUCGGCUUCUGGCAGCAUUACCUCGAGCACAAGACGGAGCGGCGGCCCUUGAUGAAGAUGAGUAUCUUCAAGAACGGCAAGUUCACUGCCGCCAAUGUGCUCAUGGCGCUGUUCUUCUCGUCCUUCAACAACUACCUCAUCUUCGCAACCUACUGGUUCCAGGACUACCAGGGCCUUUCCGUUAUUCAAACCACGCUGCGCUUUCUACCGAAUGGCAUCACGGGGAUUCUGGUGGCUACCAUCACUGGGCAGAUUCUGUCUCGUGUGCCGGGCGAUUAUAUACUCACAUUCAGUACUAUUUGUGUGAGUAUAUCCUCCUUACUUUUCGCAAUCCCCAUUCCGGUGCAUACAACGUAUUGGGCAUAUGGCUUCCCGGCUAUGGUACUGUGUGUCUCGGGCGCAGAUACCAUUUUCCCUGUUCUCACGUUGUUUGUGGCGAAGACGCUGCCGGCGGAGGAUGCUUCGCUGGGAGGGGCGCUUAUUACGGCUGUGGGUCAGAUUGGGAGGGCGGUUGGGCUGGCGAUUGCGACGGCGGUACAGACGGCUGUUGUGGCUAGGGAGAAGGGGUUGAGUGUGGAUCAGAUUGGUGGUGAGGGUCAUAAGACGGUGCCUUGGGAUGACGCGCUCAAGGUGGGUAUUAGGACGACGGCUUGGUUUAACUUUGGCAUGAGUGUUGCGUCGACGGCUGUUGUUGUUUUCUUUAUUAGGGGUAUUGGGAUUAUUGGAGGGAAAGGGAAACGGUAG